AUGCCCUUUGACGAUGACGACAACCCCACGGUGGAACCUGCUCCGGCGCAGAGCGGCGCAGAGGACGGCCCGACCGCUGAAGAGGCUUUGGAAGACGGCGUCCCCGACUACAAGCUCUUCGCCUCCAUGUUCAGCAAAAAAGGAGUGUCUGGAAAGGUGAUCCGCAAGGGCGAGAAGGACUUUGAAUCGCACGGGACCAGGGCGCAAGACGACGCCCUCGAGGCCAGCCGCAGAGCGCUGGAGGAGGUGCUGAGCUACACCCGGAUCCAUCGGGCAGAUUCCUGGCUGCGGGCGUGGUACUUCCCGGACUGGUGGGCCGCGCAGGCGGCCGAGGGCGGGCCGGAGGAUGAUGGCCUGCUGCGCGACCGGGUCGUGGUCAUGGAGCACGAGCGCGGGAGCUGGAUGCGGGACAUUGGGCGAGCCGUGUCCGGGAGCAGAGACCGGCUGGGCGUGGGCAGGCUGUGGCUGCUGCCGGAGGAGGCGCUGUACCUGGUCGAGCGAGGCACGGUCGACAUGUGGUGGCCGGACAAGAGCUUCGGCGAGCUGCUGCCGCGGGUGGUGGCCGAGGGCGGGGCGCCCGCGCGGAACGCGUUUGGGCCGGACGACUACGACGCUGGGCUGCCGCUCAGCCUGGAAGCGGCGUACACGUUCCUGGUGGGCUUCGAGGGGCAGCGCGGCAAGACGACGCUGCCCAAGUUCCAGGUGUACUCGCACCUGAAGCGAGCCGGAUUCCACGUCAUGCGCGCCCCGCCGCCGCCGCCGCGCGGAUCCCCAAAUGACGACGACGACGACGACGACGACGAAGAAGGAGAAGUAGCAGCGGAGGAGGAGGCAUCGUCACAGCCGCUCUGGCGGUGGCUCUUCUCCCUCGUCGCGCGGGGGUUGCGGCGGCAGCAGCAGCAGCAGCAGCAGCAGCCGCGGCGAGAGCCGUUCGGCCCCCUCGUCUCCCCGGGCGUCUACCGGGCCUACCGGCCCAUCUACCAGCAGCUGGCCGUGCUGCCGCGCCACCAGCCCCGCGCGACGCCGCCGCCGGCGCCGCAGCCCGCCGCGCGCGAGCCGUUCCGCGUGCACUACCACGUGUGGAGGCCCGGCGGCGCGCCCUUCUCCAAGAAGAACCCGCCGGCGCCCGACUUCCGCGUCGCCGUCGCCGACACGGCCGGCUCGGGCGUGCCCACCUUGGAGCAGAUUGGGGCGCUGCUCGGCAGCACGCCGCUGGACGCGCCGGACCCGGCCUGGCAGGGGCCCGGCAGGCUGUACCAGCGGCUCAAGCACGGGCACCGAAACGUGCUGGUGGCCGUGGUGGACGGCGGCCUGGUCAACUUUAUGAGGUUCGGCGAGGCGGCGUUUGGCCAGGAACAGCUGUUUGAGAGGUUCGACAGCCGGGGCGGCGGGGGCAGGGGCAGGGGCGGCAAGAGAGGCGGGCGCGGGCGCGGGCGCGGGCGCGGUCGGGGCAGGGGCGGACGCUGA